UGGACGACCCGUGUGCAGCAGGCUGUAGACCAGGGGUGCCCAAAGUCGGUCCUCGAGGGCCAACAUCCUGCUUCUUUUAAUUUUCUCCCUGGUUUAACGCACCUGGAUCCAAUGAUGACUCGUUAGAAGGCACUAAGAAGUAUACUGACAUGGCGAAAAGGUUGUUACUGCCACCAGGGAGAGAACUAAAGCAUGCAGGAUGCCGGCUGUCGAGCACCGACUUUGGGCACCCCUGCGACUGUGAAGCAGCGGAAAGAGGGGCGGGGCAGGCGUUCACACUGUUUUUGCAAUGGAGGACUCAAUCGAGCUGCUCAUUCAGGACUACUGUGGGGUCUUUCCCACCAGCAGACCCCAUCCCACUGUGACGACCUGCACAGGCGCUGUCCUCACAGGUCUUUAUGGAUUAUGGAGUGUUUUCACCAUGCCUGGCUUCCGCAAAAUCCCAUGGCAUCUUAAGGUUCCAUAUUUGCCCUCCAGUAAAGACCAAGCACAGAAUGUUAUGAAGCUGCUCCAAGGGAGAAGAGGUCGCUUGGCAGAUCUUGGAGCUGGAGAUGGAAGAUUGGUAUUUGCAGCCUCUUCUGCUGGUUUUCAGUGCACAGGGUUUGAGAUCAACUCAAUUCUAGUGGCUUAUGCAAGGAGCAAAGCCUAUUGGAGAAGAAUCCCCUCCAGCCAAGUAACCUUUGUUAAGAAGGACUUCUGGAAGACUGAUUUGUCUUCGUACAACAAUGUGACCGCUUUCCUUGCUCCAGGAGUGAUGGAGGUGCUGGGAGAGAAGCUGCUGAAGGAGCUUCCUCAAGAUGCGCUGGUCAUUUCUUGCCGUUUUCCUUUCCCUAACUGGCCCCAAAAAUCAGCUGUCGGCUCUGGACUUGACCAGACGUUUGCUUAUGAGAUCAGCUCUGUGCGCUCACACUUGAGAAAUCCACCAAAGCCAUCAAUGAAAUGAGUCGGAUGCUGUGGCAGAUACUGCACUAAAUCAUUGUUGAUUCUGAUAAUCAUCCUUGAUUUAGUGCUCUAACUGUAUGAAGAAUGCUGAAUAUUAUGAUUUAUUUGUUGUUCAGUAUUUCAUAAAACAUUGAACCUAUUUUACUCUGUUGAUGAUUUGCGAAAAUCUGGAAAGAUCUUUUUUUACAUUGGAGAACACUUAAAACCUAAUUGAAAAUUAUACAUUUUCAGGCAACACUGAUUAUCUAUGCAGCACACUGUCUAAAUAUUAAUAAAACAAGUUCUUAAACGUCAA